GAGCGCUGUUUGCAAGGAAGACACGCUUUGUGAGAAUGUAUCAAAUGUGUAUGAACUUUUGAGAAUGCUUACACUUAAUGUUAAGCGUGUUCAUGUAUGGCAUUCUUACCUGAUCUUACCCUGAUAACUGAUAUAAGUCUGGCAAUAUACACCGUUUUUGGAUCUUUAUCAUCGAAGACAAUACUUAAAUUGCUUAUGAAGAGACGAAUUUGAGAGCAUCCUUUUUUACCAAUUUUGACAAUUUCACCAUGGCAACCACAUCAGAGGACAACUAUGACAGUUUUGAUGAGAACGAGUAUGACUCUGACCGACCCACUGAGCGCUGGGCCCCCCUCGGUGCAGUUGCAGACAUUGAACCCAAUACAUGUACAUCCCUCUCCGAACACAGCAGGUUUCAAAAUGAGAGUGAAGAACUCCGGCGUCUAGAGGAAGAACAAGAGCAGUUGAACUCAUCCUUGCUUGCGUUGACAACCCACUUUGCCCAGGUCCAGUUCCGGUUGAAACAGAUUGUGAGCGCUGAUGAUGACCAGAAAGAGAGGUUGCUUAAGGAUCUGGAAGAGUUUGCGUUCCGGGGUAUUCCCGAUGUGAGGUGCUGUACAGGACAGGAUGCUCUGAUUCUGGAAGAAAUGAGCAACAAGGAGCAUGAGAGAAAACUGAAUGAGCAGAGAGAGAAGCAAAGAGAGUUAAUCACCCAGCUGAAAUCUCAACUAGAAGAUCUUGAAACAUACGCUUACGAGACUGGGGAAUCUGAAGAACUUCCAACCAGUCAGCAGAUUCAGAAGCAAAAAGUAGUCCUUGAUCAGCUCAAGAAUACGCUGGACCUUCGCAUUGAGAAACUCGACAAACUCAGCACGGAGGAACUCCGACAGGUUGUGGAUCAUGCAGUGGGGCAGAUAGUUAACCCAGCCAAGGUGAAGGAAAAGCUGGUGACUCAGUUGAAAACACAAGUCACUGAUCUGGAGAGAUUUAUUGAGUUUCUUCAGGGGGAGGCCACCAGUCCUGGGCCACUGGGCAAAGAGAGGUGCACCUGUCCUGUACACAAACAGUCUUCAUUCAGUUUUGAUGAUGGGACAGUAAGCAAAGAGACGAAAGAUGCAGCUAAGCAUGCAAAGCAGAAUGACUGGGACAGGACAAGGGUGUUGAAGAAGACAAUACAAAUGCUGCAGAUUUUCAUAAUUUCUCAGCUUGGUUGUGGCAGCAGGGACUUUAAGAAGAAUGCAAUGAAGAAAACCCCCAAGGGAAAUCACUGGGGCGAUCUUCGUGCCAGACUUGAGCUUGCCAUAGACAAGGUGUCCACAGCAGCCAAGUACCAGCCCACCUCGGACGGGGACAAAUCAGAGUUCAACAGUGACUCUGAGGAGAGUCAUGAGCUGAGCAGUGCCCUUCUGACUCAGCUGGUGCGUAAGGACCUUGCCAUGGCCCUUAGGGACCUCAUACAGCAUGGUCUUGUGGAGAUGAGUCAGAAUCGCAGUAUUGUGCCGUGGGGUUGCUUACCCUCACGUUCAGCUGAUAUCACGCGGGAGAUGCACGCAUGGGACCUGCUACUAAAGUAUUAUGAAAUGAAGAAUGGCCAGGAGUACAAUCAGUCCCCAGCAAGGAAACUCUCCCAGUCUUUCCACCUAGAAAUCGUGGGUGGAAAGCCAAUAACAUCCAAGCAGACAUUGCUAGGGACCAUUAACACAAUCAUCUCUACGCACACGCAUCUCAAACGAUCCGAGGAUGCACAUUUCAAGGCUUUUGUCUGUCUUGCUCUCAAUGAGAGCAAGCUGAGUCAGUGGUUGAAGCUGAUAUUCCGGACACAAACACUGGUUGACAACUUCUAUCAAGACUGGAGCUACGUAGCUCGCACUGGUUUUGAUGACUCCAUGAAGUCACUGGACAAGCUUUCGCAUGUCAAGUUCCGACUCCCGGAUGAUCUGGCAGUGCGGCCCUUCAGCAACAUCAAGGAUGCAUUCUAGUGUGGAACGACAUCCUAUCAGUGUUGUUGCACUCAUAAGAAACCAGUCCUGUCUCCACAUAUUAGGGACCAAAGAUGUUGUUCUUUUUGUCAAUGUGGUUUCCUGUAGACACUUACACACUUAGCACACUUUGAUUUUAGUGUUUUUUCCAUGACGGUAUUUGAAUCUUUAAAAUACAUAUUGGAGUAACAAAAGUCGUACUAAAAAAAACCAGAGAAUUUUUGUUUUUGCAAAACACCAUCAAAGGAGUAAAAUGUUUUUAAUAACACAAAUAAAAUAAUACGUUAAUCUGAUUUGUUAUGAGCUUUAGAUAACUAACAAAAUGUCCUGCAAACAAAAUAUCCUUUAGGGUAGCUGUACUUUGCCGUCACAUUGCAUGGCCCAGUAUGUUUGUUACACUGGAUUGUGAGAUGACUCCAUUCAUCAGAAUCUGUCUUCUUUUUCAUUCAAAAUUAUUCUUGAGCAUGAUCAAUAUGUUGAGAGGUGUAAACCCUCAGCAGGCUCAGGUAUAGGUAGUGUAGUCACUUGUGAAUCUAACUAAGGUAAGCUUUUAAUUGGUAUAAUUGGCUAAACUAAUCACUUGACUUUUGGCAUUUUAACCAGAAAGUGCCAAUUAAUGACAUUAUUUCAUCAAUAAUCUGGUAGGAAAUACAAAUUAAAUUUUCUAAUCAUAAGAACUUUUUCUGCUAGUAUGAUUUCAUUUAUUUCUAUGUUCAGACCUGUGUAGAGUUUUUUCAUUCAAACACAUAACUGCCAAUUAUACUUUAAAUACAUUUUAUUAUUUACAUGGAGUUAAAAGCUUAAGUUGUUUAUUUCCCUGUUCAUCUUCUGGCGCAAGGCGUAAAAUGGCAUGUUGUUUAACAAAUCUCAUUUUCAUGGUUAACAACUAAUUCAAUUGUUAAUGUUAUGGUAUUCUGUUGUAUUUAAAUUAUAAUUGAUGUAAAAUAAUUAAAUUUGUAUUCUGAAUUAUCUUCCUAAUUUGAUCAUAUUGGCAUUGUGGUAAUUGUGUACCUAAGUAAAAGUAUUGUCUUUCUUUGAAUAAAUCUAUUAUGUUGAUCACUAUCUAUUCAUAUUUGUUAUUCCAGGAAAAAAACAACACAGACUCUUCUAAGUCAUUUUCUGUAUUCAAUGUAAAUGGUACAGGGUAGAUUAUUGUUAAAUUUUGGUAUUUUACAUCAAUCUAUACAAAACAAUUAAUGCAAUACGUUUUUACCAAUAUAUUUGUUUAUACAACUUACAAGUACAUGUGGUUAUACAUUCCAUACUUUUUAGGCCCCUGGUAGGGUGGCAUAUAGCAGUUGAACUGUCCGUCAGUAUGUCAGUCAGUCUGUCUGUCCGUCCGAAAAAAACUUUAACAUUGGCCAUAACUUUUUCACUAUUGAAGAUAGCAACUUGAUAUUUGGCAUGCAUUAGUAUCUCAUGGAGCUGAACAUUUUGAGUGGUGAAAGGUGAAGGUCAUCCUUCAAGGUCAAAUGUCACAUAUAUGGCGUCGGUCCUUCCGAAAACUUUAAUAUUGGCCAUAACUUUUACAAUAUUGAAGAUAGCUACUUGAUAUUUGGCAUGCAUGUGUAUCUCAUGAAGCUGCACAUUUUGAGUGGUGGAAGUUCAAGGUCAAGGUCAUCCUUCAAGGUCAAAGGUCCAAAAAAAAAUUUUUUUUUUUUCAAAGCGGCGUUCUCAUGAAGCUGCAUAUUUUGAGUGGUGAAAGUUCAAGGUCACAGUCAUCCUUCAAGGUCAAGGUCAUCCUUCAAGGUCAAAGGUAAAAAAAAAAAUUCAAAGCGGCGUUCUCAUGAAGCUGCACAUUUUGAGUGGUGGAAGUUCAAGGUCAAGGUCAUCCUUCAAGGUAAAAGGUCCCCCCCCCCCCCCAAAAAAAUCAAAGCGGCGCAAUAGGGGGCAUUGUGUUUUUGACGAACACAUCUCUUGUUCUGUACAUUUUUCUGGAUAUUGACCAUAUAGAAGGACAUAUUGCAUGAAUUAUUUAUUUAACAUAUAUUUAUCCAAAAUUGUGCGUUAUACUGGUAAUUAUUGUAAAAUAGUGUUUUAUGUUAUAUCUGUUUGCAUAAUUGUAUACGCAAAUGCAUUCCAAAGGAAGGUAACAUUGUAUGAUUGCUGUGUGCAUAAUGGUAUUUUAACAAGCAUGUACAUGAUCUGUAGUGUUUUGAUUCAUUGUCUUGCUGAGAAAUCCAAAAAAGAACUUUACAGACUCUCAGACUGUGCAAUACUAUAUAUGUUUUAUUUACCUGUUAUGUUUAUUUGAAAGUUUACUAUGUUAUGUAGUGAAAAUUUACUCGUUUAAAACUUACUCAUUGUUGGUUGUUCAGUCUUGGUUGUGUUAUAUGAUUAUUUAUAAGACGUUAAAAUGAUUGAUUCUCAAACAGUUAUCGUUCUAUGUUUUGAUAAACAGUUGUUUUAUCUGUUUUCUGUUCUUUAAUUCAGUCAAUAUGGCUGUUUGUUAAAGAUUUAUAGAAAUUCAGGAGGCUUUUUCCUGCAGACUUAAUAUUUCAACAAGAUUAUAAAUGACUUUAAAAUGAUACCUUGUGUAACUUGUAAAAGUGUACAGCAAUUGUAAAGUAAUUGUGUAUGAUUUUGUUUUGUCUUUUUAGGACCUUACAAUAGUAAGAGUCAGAAUAUAUCUUUGGUAGAAAUCCACGAGAUUUAACUUAAGUUUUUAUUUUUAUGAUUUACAUGAUUUAUGUUGUAUUUUGCUCAUUUGUAUUUCAAUAUUUAUUGUUGUGUUUUUUGUUUUCACCUAUAUCCGAAUUGUCAAAAAUAUUUUUGCCGCUGUUUUUAAUUGAGAUUGUCUUUCUUGUUUGUUGAUCAGGACUCAAAAGAAAAUGGGGGUUUAGGAAUAAAAAUAGCAGGAUAUGCUGACUUCAUUGUCAAGACAUUUGUUUCACUGCAUUUUUAAUGUGUUAUUUGAAGCAUAAGAGUAUCACACUGUCUAAAAUAAUGUAAGUUCCAUUUCCUAUACAUGUAUUUCUGUUAUCAGCAUACUGGCUAUUGCAAUAAUCAGUACAUGUUUCAUUUAUUAUGCUCCCCCAAAUAAUUUUUUUGGGGGGGAGCAUAUAGUCGCGGCUUAGUCUGUCCGUGCGUGUAUCCGUCCGUCCGUGCACAAUUUUUGUCCGGGCUAUUUCUCAGCAAUUAAUGACCGGAAUUUAAUUAAACUUUAUGGGAAGCUUCACUACCAAGAGGAGAUGUGCAUAUUAUCAGCCGGUUCUGGUCUGAUGAUUUUUCACAGAGUUAUGGCGCUUUUAAAUUUUCCAUUAACUGUACAUAUAGUGCAUUUCUUGUCCGCCCAACUACUAGACGUUUCCUUUUAUCUGAAUAUAUAGUGCAAUAUUGUGACAAAAAAACUUUGGGGAGCAUCACCGUCUCCGACGGUUUCUUGUUAUCAGUUGAUUGUCAUUCAAUUAAUCAUAUUAUUUCAAAUAUAUCACCAGUUUGUAAAUGUU